UGGACCCGCCCCGGGGCCUGGGGCAACUGAAACCACCUCAGAGGAGGAAGCGAGGAAGCGGGCGGUGUAAUCAGGAACUGGGCUGCCUGGGUUCUGGGCCUGAGUUGGUCCACUGCCGCCUGCCCCCGGAGCAGCUGCCCACGAAAGGACACCAUUAUGGGCUUCUCUUCAGAGCUGUGCAGCCCCCAGGGUCACGGGGCAGUGCAGCAAAUGCAGGAAGCUGAGCUUCGAUUACUGGAGGGCAUGAGGAAGUGGAUGGCCCAGAGGGUCAAGAGUGACCGGGAGUAUGCAGGACUGCUGCACCACAUGUCUCUGCAGGACAGCGGAGGCCAGAGCUGGAGCAGCGGCCCCGACAGCCAUGUCAGCCAGUCCUGGGCAGAGAUAACAAGCCAGACGGAGAACUUGAGCCGGGUGCUGCGGCAACAUGCCGAAGAUCUGAACUCAGGGCCCUUGAGCAAGCUGAGUGUGCUGAUCCGGGAGCGGCAGCACCUGAGAAAAACUUACAAUGAGCAGUGGCAGCAGCUGCAGCAGGAGCUCACCAAGACCCACAACCAGGACAUUGAAAAGCUAAAGAGCCAGUACCGGACCCUGGUUCGCGAUAGUGCCCAGGCCAGGCGCAAGUACCAGGAAGCCAGCAAAGACAAGGAUCGAGACAAGGCCAAAGACAAGUAUGUGCGCAGCCUAUGGAAGCUCUUUGCCCACCACAACCGCUACGUCCUGGGUGUGAGGGCGGCCCAGCUGCACCAUCAGCACUACCACCAAUUCAUGCUGCCUGGCCUGCUGCAGUCACUGCAGGACUUGCAUGAGGAGAUGGCAGGCAUCCUGAAGGACAUCCUGCAGGAAUACCUGGAGAUCAGCAGUCUGGUGCAGGACGAUGUGGCAUCCAUUCACCGGGAGUUGGCUGCGGCUGCUGAGCGUAUCCAGCCCGAGUUUGAAUACCUAGGCUUCCUUCGACAGUACGGGUCCAGCCCUGAUGUCCCACCAUGUGUCACUUUCGAUGAGUCACUUCUUGAAGAGGGUGAACAGCUGGAACCUGGAGAGCUGCAGCUGAAUGAACUGACUUUGGAGAGCGUGCAGCACACGCUGACCUCUGUGACAGAUGAACUGGCUGCGGCCACCAGAGAGGUGCUGAGCCGGCAGGAGAUGGUCAGUCAGCUGCAGAGCCAGCUGAGAAACGAGGAGCAGAACACCCACCCCCGGGAGCGGGUGCAGCUUCUGGGCAAGAGGCAGGUGCUACAAGAGGCAAUACAGGGGUUACAGGUAGCGCUAUGCAGCCAAGACAAGCUCCAGGCCCAGCAGGAGCUGCUGCAGAGGAAGAUGGAGCAGCUCGGCACCGGCGAGCCCCCGGCUGUUCCGCUCCUCCAGGAUGACCGCCACUCCACCUCCUCCGCGGAGCAGGAGCGAGAGGGGGGAAGGACACCCACCCUGGAGAUCCUUAAAAGUCACUUCUCUGGAAUCUUCCGCCCCAAGUUCUCUAUCCCUCCGCCACUGCAGCUUGUCCCCGAGGUGCAGAAGCCCCUCUAUGAGCAGCUGUGGUACCAUGGCGCCGUCCCACGGGCAGAGGUGGCUGAGCUGCUAACACAUUCCGGGGACUUCCUGGUUCGGGAGAGCCAGGGCAAGCAGGAGUACGUGCUGUCCGUGCUGUGGGAUGGCCAGCCCCGGCACUUCAUCAUCCAAUCCUCAGACAACUUGUACCGGCUGGAAGGAGAUGGCUUUCCCAGCAUCCCUUUGCUCAUCGACCACCUGCUGUCCUCCCAGCAGCCCCUUACAAAGAGGAGCGGAGCUGUCCUGUACAGGGCAGUGCCCAAGGACAAGUGGGUGCUGAGGCAUGAGGACCUGGUGUUGGGCGAGCAGAUUGGAAGGGGGAACUUCGGAGAAGUGUUUAGUGGGCGCCUUCGAGCAGACAACACCCCGGUGGCUGUGAAGUCUUGUCGAGAGACACUCCCACCUGACCUCAAGGCCAAGUUUCUUCAAGAAGCGAGGAUCCUGAAACAGUACAGCCAUCCCAACAUUGUGCGUCUCAUCGGGGUCUGCACCCAGAAACAGCCCAUCUACAUUGUCAUGGAGCUGGUGCAAGGGGGCGACUUUCUCACCUUCCUGCGGACAGAGGGAGCCCGCUUGCGGGUCAAGACUCUGCUGCAGAUGGUUGGGGACGCAGCUGCCGGCAUGGAGUACUUGGAAAGCAAGUGCUGCAUCCACCGGGAUCUGGCUGCUCGGAACUGCCUGGUGACAGAGAAGAACGUCCUGAAGAUCAGUGACUUUGGGAUGUCCCGAGAAGAAGCUGACGGAAUCUAUGCAGCCUCAGGGGGCCUCAGACAAGUCCCCGUUAAGUGGACUGCCCCUGAGGCCCUUAACUAUGGCCGCUACUCCUCAGAGAGUGAUGUGUGGAGCUUCGGCAUUUUGCUGUGGGAGACCUUCAGCCUAGGGGCCUCACCCUAUCCUAACCUCACAAAUCAACAGACACGGGAGUUUGUGGAAAAGGGAGCUACAGAGCAUCCGCAAGCGGCAUCGGUGAGGUCCGGAAGGCCCCUAGCUGAAGCCAGUGGCCUGUCCAGGCAAGAGUAUACCUCCUCAGCAGCUCCCGGUCAUUGUUGGACAGCUCCAAGACCUGGGUGCCAACAGGGCUGCUGGCAGGGUGCAGCCCCAGGGAGGCUCUCUGUCCCUCUUCCUGCCCAGUUUCCUCUCCUAGGCAGAAAAAUAAAACCAGUUGUGCCCAUCAGGUAAUCUUGGCAUGUGUGCUCCUCUGAAGGCCAGGAGCCAGUUCUGGAGAAGAUUGGCAGGGUCCUUAUGGUGUCAGUGACAGAGAGUCCACACGGCGUAGAGCUGACACGAUUGGAAGCUCAGGAUGAUAUACACGCUUUGGCCAGGUGGUGGCGCUGUUCUCUAGAAAAGGAUCACAGCUUUCUCAGAGCUUCCCAGAUGCUGAUUGUAAAGACAGUUGCUUU